AUGUAUGGACACACGUUUGUUUUUGAGCACUCGGAUCUGGGAACAGUGCCUGAUUAUGAACUAUCACUAUUCUUUGACGCAAACCCUUGGUUGAAGCCCUACGAGUGGAUGAUGAGUUUCAAGAACAUGGUCUCCAAGUUGUCGUCCGAAUCUACAGCAUCAAGUCGCGAAUUCUAUCUGCGUGAUUGGUUCUGA